AUGAGUCUUGAGCCUAAAGUGGAAGCGGAGGACGAAAACCUCUCCAAGCACGAUCUCCACGAGGAUGGCUUUGACCAGGAAAUUCAAAGAGCCAUUGCAGAACAUGAGAUGGAGCUUCUGAGGCAGCAGUACCAGCCUGCUCAGGAGGACCAGGGACAAGAGGGCCAGGCUUCUGAAAAUGCCCAGGAGGAGAAUUCUGAAAACGCACAGACCAGCGACCAGCAGACGGAAAAUGAAGCGUCGGCUGCAGCGGAAAAUAACGAACAGAGUCUGAAUACUGAGACCGAGCAGCCCACUGAUAACAACGAGGCACAAAACGAUGUGUUUUCCGCUUCGACAGAAAAACACCACUUGGAACUAAUAGCUGAUGAACUCAAGAAGGCUACGUCAGAUGAUAAACUGGACAAACCCACCCAUAUACCUGCAAACUCAGAGCUUCUUGCAACAAACACUGCUUUGGCAGCAUAUAACGCUCUUUCUAGUCAGGUACCACCAGCUGCGUCUCUUACAAAUGUCCAGCUUGCAGCUUUACCCCUUCCUAUCGUUACACCCGACUACCUCCCCGCAAGAAUCCAGCUUUUGGUGAACACCCUACCUGUGUUGGACAACUUGGCCACGCAGCUUCUCCGUGUGUUUGUCACAGGGCCUUACCAGAAGAUUAUUGAAGUUGCGUCGAGUCCAGAAACCCCACAGGGUGCUGCUUUCCGUGACUUGGCCUCGCUUUUCGAAUUCACCAAGAGACUUUAUUCAGAAGAGGACCCAUUCCUUACAGUCGAACACUUGGCUCCUGGAAUGUGGAAGGAGGGCGACACCACGCCCAGCAUGUUCAAGAACAGAGAGCAGAGUAUCGAGUCCACGCUACGAAAGGUGAACUUGGCGACCUUCUUGGCUGCGUCCUUGGGAACCAUCGAACUCGGUUUCUUCUUCCUCAACGAGUCCUUCUUGGAUGUCUUUUGUCCCGCAAACAACCUUGAACCUGCCAAUUCUAUGUCAAACAUGACUGCCUCCAACAUGAACCUACAGAGCGGUGUAAACACAGUUAUCGGGGACAAGGUCGGUAAGUUGCUCAAACCACAGGCUGUCUUGUACCUUGAUUUGAAGACACAAGCCUACAUUUCCGCCAUUGAAGCUGCAGAGAGAUCCAGCGAGGAAAUCCUAGAAGACAUCUUGCCAAGCAACAUGGAGGAGAUCUUGCUUAAGAAAAGGGGCACCAAGACGCUCACGCCGACAGAGACCGACUUUAUCAACAGGUGCAAGUCCCGUAAAGAAUCGCUUCUAAGCUAUCCUGCCGAAGGCAACCUCAGUGAGGAAUACGAGUGGUUCGCCUUUUUGAAGGACCUCUUCGACUACGUCUCCAAGAACAUGGGUUUCCUAAUAUGGGGCAAGAAAGGCAAGCUGGCUCCAAGAGAACGAGCCCAUGCUACACCCCACAGCAACCAGACCCUACAGGAAGCUAGCCGUGCAGCUGAGAACAAGGCAGGUUCGCCUACGCACGAGGGUUACGAGAGUAGAGAAGGCCAUGAGAUUGGAGCAGGAAGCGGGCAAGACAAUCAGGCAAGCAAUCCUGAAAUUAACGAAAUCACAUCUGCACUUCUCCCUAGCGAGAUUUUGGAACAGCAGAUCCACCUUCGUAUCAACCCCCGCCUGUCGGGAAAACUCACGAGCCGAAGGCCAUGGACACGCGAGGAAGAAAAGGCCCUUCGCCAUGCUUUGGAGUUGAAGGGUCCAGCGUGGUCUACGAUUUUGGAGCUUUUUGGCCAAGGUGGACGAAUCAACGAGGCGCUUAAGAACCGUACGCAAGUGCAACUCAAAGACAAGGCCAGAAACUGGAAAAUGUUCUUCCUUAAGCUGGGCCUUCCUGUGCCUUCGUAUUUGCAAAAAGUGACCGGAGAUCUCGAAAGAGAGGACAAAUUCAAGGCGAAGAAUGCAAGACUGAAAAAGACUGCAGCGGCCCCAGUUCCCGCUGUUAGCAAAAGGGCGGGAACAGCCGAAGAUGGAGACAAGAAAGAGCCCAAGAAACAGAGAAAGCUGUGA